UCUUGUGCUCACAAAUGGAUCCAAAAAUCCUAGUGAGUAGUGUCCUUGUCACAAUAUAGUACCCCACUAAACUAGAAAUUUCCUAUCUAUACUUUCUUGGCCGCUUUCUCCAUAAGCUAAUGCUACUCCCCUCUUUUGCUUCUAUUCCCCUUUUUUUCUCUUGGCUAGGUUUUUCAAUUUCCACCUGCACCAGAAAUAGCUCAAUAAUUAAUUCUUAUUGCUGUUAAUGGCGGACUGGGGACCAGUGCUGAUAGGAGUUGUACUCUUCAUAUUGCUACAACCUGGGCUUCUGUUUCAGAUACCGGGUAAUAAUCGUACUCUGGAAUUUGGGAGCAUGAAGACUAAUGGAAAAGCUAUUGCUGUUCAUACUCUUAUUUUCUUUACGCUUUAUGCUAUUCUCAUUCUGGCUGUUCAUGUUCACAUCUAUACUGGUUGAUCCUAUAUACUCCAGAUCUUCUCGAAAUCCCCCUUUUAUGCUAUUAUUUUUACUAAUCGAUGAGGGUUUUACUUGUAACUUGUAAGCUCUUUUCUUACUGAAGUUAAGAUCUGUUUCUUUGUACUUUUGGCUUGUUAAGAAAAAAUAUGAAGAAAGAUUGAGUUUUUGAAAUGAGCUGUUUUAAUUAUA